CCGUCUCUAGCUCUCUCGCUCUCCUUUACUGGAAGCGGCGGCCGUGCUGGGUCGGUUUGUCUGAGGGCGGCCUCUGGUUUCCUGGCUCAGUGGCCCGCCACCCACCUCCCCCCUUUCCCCCUCAGCCCUUCCCCAGACCCUUCUCCCUCCCGGACCGGAGCCGGGCGGAGACUCCUUUGCGGACGCGGGCGCGACACUUAGACACACACACGCACACACACGCACACACCCGCGUUCUCCACCCACCCACACCGGCCGAUUGGUUUUAAGGGGUGAGGCAAGAGGUUUUGGACUCGAUGAGUUUCCACCGAAAUGUCGGAGAAGUCAGGCCAGAGCACAAAAGCAAAGGAUGGGAAAACAAAGUAUACAACACUCAGUCUGUUUAACACUUAUAAGGGAAAAUCACUAGAAACUCAGAAAACUACAGUUGCUGCCCGUCAUGGAUUGCAGAGUCUGGGAAAAGUUGCUAUUUCUCGGCGUAUGCCCCCACCUGCCAACCUCCCCAGUCUCAAGGCAGAAAACAAAGGCAAUGAUCCUAAUGUGAACAUUGUGCCUAAAGAUGGUACAGGGUGGGCAUCUAAACAGGAACAACAUGAAGAAGAAAAACCACCAGAAGUGCCGCCAGCGCAGCCAAAAUCAGGAGUUACUGCUCCCCCUGAAGUUCCUCCGGUUGUCAAAUCAUGGGCCAGUAACAAGCAAGGUGGGCAAGGAGAUGGUGUUCAAGUAAAUAGUCAUUUCCAGCAAGAGUUUCCUAGUCUGCAAGCAGCUGGAGAUCAGGAAAAAAAAGACAAGGAUACAAAUGAUGAUGCCUAUGGACCUGGACCCAGCUUACGACCACCAAAUGUUGCUAGUUGGAGAGAAGGUGGUAAAUCUGCUGGCCCAUCUUCUCCAUCUGAUCAAGAAGAUAAGCUCCCUGGUCAAGAUGAUGGUGCAAAUGGACCAGUAGAGCAAAACGAUUCUCAUAAAACAACAGAAAAGAGGUUACCUGGUGUUCCGCCUCAGAUACCUCAGCCUAAACUGAAUGGACAACAGCAGCCUGCUCUUGCCUCUCAGUACAGAGCAAUGAUGCCCCCUUAUAUGUUUCAGCAGUAUCCUAGGAUGGCAUAUCCUCCAUUACAUGGCCCCAUCAGGUUCCCACCUUCCUUAUCAGAAGCUAACAAAGGUCUUAGAGGGAGAGGUCCACCCCCUACUUGGGCCCCUGAGCCUGAACGCCCCUCUAUUCUUAGUGCAACGGAACUCAAGGAGCUUGAUAAGUUUGAUAACCUAGAUGCUGAAGCUGAUGAAGGCUGGGCAGGAGCUCAGAUGGAAGUAGAUUAUACAGAACAACUCAAUUUUAGUGAUGAUGAUGAACAAGGCAGUAGUCAGAAAGACAGCAAAGAUAAUUGUGAAGAAGAAGCACCAAAGACUUCUGAAAGUGCUGAAAACCGCAAAGAAGAAGGUGAAGGUUCUAGCAGCAAAUCUCAGUUGCUUCCACAAUCAACAGUAUCAAAGGGUCCCUAUGGAAAAGGACCUCCUUUUAAUCAGGAACGGGGACCUCCCCCAGCUCAGUCCUUAGUGCAUGAAAAGAACAGUGCUGCCCACUUGCCGCUUCAGCCAAAGUCACUUGUUCAGCAGCAUCCACCUCCUGAUCGACAGGCAGGACCUGGAAGAUCAGGUCCUUUUCCUCCCAAACAGGUUCCUGAUGAAGAUGAAGCUUGGAAACAGCGCCGAAGGCAGCCAUCAGAACUUUCUGCAGCAGUAGAACGUGCUAGAAAGAGGCGUGAAGAGGAAGAAAGGAGGAUGGAAGAGCAGAGAAAGGCUGCAUGUGCAGAAAAGCUGAAACAAUUAAAUGAGAAAUAUGGCAUUGUAGAAAAACAGCCAUCUCCUGAAGAAAUUAGGGAACGGGAGCGUGAAAAGGAAAGGGAAAGAGAGAGGGAAAAAGAAAGGGAAAGAGAAAGAAUAAGGGAGCGAGAGAGGGAAAAGGAGAGGGAGCGAGAAAGGGAAAAGGAGAGAGAACUGGAGCGAGAACGGGAAAAGGAGAGAGAACUGGAGCGGGAACGAGAAAAGGAGAGAGAACUCGAGAGGGAGAAAGAACGGGAAAGAGAGCAAGAAAAAGAACGAGAACUAGAACGGCAACGAGAAGCAGAAAAGGAACUAGAAAAAGAGAGAGAGAAGGAAAAAGAGCGUGAAAAAGAACAGCAGAAGGAAAAAGAAAGAGAGAAAGAGGAAAAAUUGGAACGGGAAGAGCCUGCAUUACAACCUGUGUUAGAUAAACAAGAAAGUGAAAGCUGUAAUAAAGAAAAAAUAGAGGAACAGCCAGUUUUCACUAGACAAGACAGCAACCGUAGUGAAAAAGAAACCCCACAGGUGGCUCAUGAAAUAGAACCAGAUUCAGGGUCUCAGCCUCGACCUGCUGUUUCAUCAGGCUAUUCCAAACAGUUUCAGAAGUCUCUGCCACCACGGUUCCAAAGACAGCAGGAACAAAUGAAACAACAACAGUGGCAACAGCAGCAACAAGGUGUCCUUCCACCGUCGGCUCCUUCUCAGCCUUCCAGUGGUGCUGUCCCUCCUCCUCCGCAUAGAACUCUUUACCAGCCCAUGCAACCUCAUCCUCAACAUUUAGCUUCCAUGGGUUUUGAUCCACGUUGGCUUAUGGUACAAUCUUAUAUGGAUCCCCGAAUGAUGUCAGGAAGGCCUGCUAUGGAUAUUCCACCUAUACAUCCUGGAAUGAUUCCUCCUAAGCCCCUAAUGAGAAGAGACCAAAUAGAAGGUUCUACAACUAGUUCUGAAUCAUUUGAACAUAUUGCUCGAUCAGCAAGAGACCAUGCUGUUUCCCUCACUGAGCCUCGUAUGAUGUGGGGAUCAGACCCCUAUCCCCAAGUAGAACCUCAGCAGGCAAGUUCUCCCCCCAAGUUGACUGAAGAACCCAAGGACCUAAGGCCUGAAGCCCCAUUGGAACAAGAAUUAAUGGCUGCUUCCUACCCAGUUGAACAUACUCAGUUGGACACUCAUCCCAAGGCAGAAUUUUUCAGAGAUACUGGUGAGGCAGAGGUACAGAAAUUGCCAAACAAGUCUUUGGAAGAUACCAGACCUCCUCCCAGUGACACAAGUAGUCAAGCAACUUGUUUUGAACUAGCUGAUCAGAAUGUUGUUCCCGCCUCUCAGGAUGAUCAGAGUCCAGUUGGAGAAAGUCAGUCGGUCAGGAAACGCAGUGUGUCCCACGGAUCCAAUCAUUCUCAAAAACCAGAGGAGCCAAGGAAUGACGCACCUGCAAACAUUCCUAAAAUAACUAACAGGUGCACAGAUACAAAAGAACCCUCAGAACGGCUCGAAGAUAAGCCGAAAAAGGAAGGUUUUAUAAGGCCUUCUGAAGGACCAAAACUUGAAAAGUUGUACAAAUCUAAGUCAGAAACACGAUGGGGUCCAAGGCCUGGCUCUAGUAGAAGGGAUGAAGGUGGUGACAGACCUGUGAGAAGAUCAGGACCUAUUAAAAAACCAGUACUUCGAGAUAUGAAAGAAGAGCGGGAACAGAGAAAGGAGAAAGAGGGUGAAAAGGUAGAAAAACCAACAGAGAAAGUUGUAAAACCUGAAAAGCCUGAAAAGAAGGAUCCUCCUCCACCUCCUGCAGCUCAGGUUCAACCACAACCACUUCCACCACCUCCCCAACCAGAGCCAGAGAAGCCUUCUGCUGAGACUUCAUCUUUGGCUAAAAAGCUGUCCCAAGAUACUGUGAAGCCAUCAGAAACUGUAGAUAAUGUUCACAUAGAACCUGCCAUUAAAACAUCAAAUCAACAGACUGCUCCUCUUCUUGUAACCAAGGAAGAAAAACAACCUGAAAGAGUUAUUGGCAAAGAACAGGGAGUAGAAAGACCACGAAUAGAUUCACGACCAAUGAAAAAAGAACCAACAUUACCCCCUCGAACUUACUGGAAGGAGGCUAGAGAUAGAGAUUGGUUCCCAGAUCAAGGCUAUAGAGGUCGAGGACGUGGGGAAUAUUACUCCAGGGGUCGAAGCUAUAGAGGUUCUUACGGUGGACGUGGUCGAGGGGGCCGAGGACACAGUAGAGAUUAUCCUCAUUACAGAGAGACAAAGCCAAGAAUAGAGCAUGCACCUUCUGGAUCUCUGAGGCAGCGAGAAGAAAGUGAAACUCGAAGUGAAAGCUCUGAUUUUGAAAUAGUGCCCAAACGCAGAAGGCAGCGGGGUUCAGAAACUGACUCAGAUAGUGAAGUUCAUGAAAGUGCCAGUGACACUCUUCCCUCGGACAAAGAUAGUUUAAACAAAGGCAAGCAUCCUAAAAGGGAGGAACGCCCUGAAAACAAAAAACCUCUGAAGCCUCUGCUUUCUUUCAAACCUGAAAAUAAUGUCCGAGUAGAUAACAACAGACCACUGGAAAAAUUAUAUGUAAGGGAUGAUGAGAAUAAGACCAAACCUGGCUUCCUUCCUAAAGGAGAACCUACUAGAAGAGGCAGGGGGGGAAUGUUCAGACGUGGUGGAAGGGAUCCUGGAGGCCGUCCACCACGUCCUUCCACAUUACGAAGGCCAACAUAUCGUGACAAUCACUGGAAUCCACGACAAGCAGAAGCCCCCAAACCAGAUGAUGGAGAGCCACCAAGAAGGCAUGAGCAGUUUAUACCUAUACCAGCAGAUAAAAGACCCCCAAAAUUUGAACGGGGGAAGUUUGAUCCAACCAGAGAGAGGCCUCGAAGGCAACGGCCUGCACGACCACCGAGGCAGGAUAAACCUCCUCGAUUUAGACGGCUAAAGGAGAGGGAAGCUGCUUCAAAAAUCAGUGAUGUGGCAGCCACUUCUGUAACAAAUGGCACAAUUAAUAAUGUGGUUCAGGAACCAGUUAGUACUACUGGGGAUAUUUCUGGGAAUAAGACACCAGAUUUAUCCAAUCAGAACUCUUCAGAUCAAGCAAAUGAAGAAUGGGAAACAGCUUCUGAAAGUAGUGAUUUCAAUGAGAGACGGGAGCGUGAUGAAAAGAAAACAGCGGAUUUGAGUGCACAGGCAGCUGCAAAGGCAGGAGAGAAUGUAUUGCCUCCAAAAAGGGAAAUAGCAAAAAGAAGCUUUUCCAGUCAGCGACCUGGAAUAGAUCGCCAGAAUAGGCGAGGCAACAGUGGUCCACCUAAAUCAGGAAGGAAUUUCUCUGGUCCUAGGAAUGAAAGAAGAAGUGGUCCUUCAUCAAAAAGUGGGAAAAGAGGUCAAUUUGAAGACCAGUCUAUAGGUAUGGCUGGUGUUGAUCCUGCCAAUGGCAGCUCAGUGCAUCAUCAGGAUGGAGGUCCAAAUGGCACUGGGCAAAAGAACUCCAAAGAUGCCAGUGGGAAAAAAAGAGAAGAACCUAAACCAGGUCCUAAGAAACCCAAAGAGAAAGUGGAUGCCCUAUCCCAGUUUGACCUCAACAACUAUGCAAGUGUUGUAAUAAUUGAUGACCAUCCCGAAGUGACUGUGGUUGAAGACCCCCAGUCAAAUUUAAAUGAUGAUGGUUUCACUGAAGUGGUUUCAAAAAAACAACAAAAACGUUUACAGGAUGAAGAACGUAGAAAGAAGGAAGAACAAACUAUACAGGUGUGGAACAAAAAAUCUUCAAAUGAAAAAGGAAGAAAUCAGAAUUCUAAGCUUCCUCCAAGAUUUGCUAAAAAACAGCAACAGGCUACAGUCAGCCAGCAACCACAAACUGCAACCCCACCUCCAGUGCAGGGUCUGGCACAGGCUCAAGUCCCUGUUCAGGUUCAGCCACCACCAACAGCACAGACCCCUAACCAGUCACCACCAUCAGUCCAGCCGCAAGUCCAAGCAGCAAAUGGAACCAAUGGCAUAGACUAUGUAGCAACGGGAAAGUCUCUCCAGCACGCACAGUCUCAUGGGCCUCUAGGGGCAGAGUUAUGGGAGAACAAAGUAGCCCCUACAGCUGUUCUCAGUGACAUUUCUAAGAAGUUGGGACCCAUUAGUCCACCACAGCCACCUUCAGUCAGUGCAUGGAAUAAGCCUUUAACAUCUUUUGGAUCAACUUCAUCACCAGAGGGAAUAAAGAAUGGCCAAGAAAGUGGUGUUGAAAUUGGAAUUGAAACCAUUCAGUUUGGUGCCCCAGCUUCAAAUGGCAAUGAAAAUGAAGUUGUUCCAGUACUAACUGAAAAGCCUCCUGACAAAUUACCUGAACCCAAAGAACAGCGGCAAAAGCAGCCGCGGGCAGGGCCAAUCAAAGCCCAGAAGCUUCCAGAUUUGAGUCCAGUAGAGAACAAAGAACACAAACCUGGUCCCAUUGGAAAAGAACGUUCUUUAAAAAAUAGAAAAGUGAAGGAUGUUCAACAGGCAGAACCUGAAGGACAGGAAAAAUCCAACCCACCUUCAGUCAGAAAUCCUGAUGCUGUUACCACAAAGGAAACCAAAACAGUUACAGAAAUGAGUUCUGAAAUAGGCACAAUGAUCUCUGUUUCUGCCCCAGAAUUUGGUGCUAAUACAAAGGAGUCUGUAACAGACUACACUACACCUUCUUCUUCUCUACCUAACACUGUGGCUACUAGUAAUACCAAGAUGGAAGAGACAUUGGUUACUAAUGUGCCCCUGCCCAACACCCUUCCCCUCCCUAAGAGGGAGACUUUACAACAGAGCUCCAGCGUAAGUCCAGCUCCUCCCACUACUUUCAACCUCACCUUUAAGAUGGAAUCUGCACGCAAAGCAUGGGAAAACUCACCAAAUGUGAGAGAAAAGGGGUCACCAGCAACUUCCACAGCAGCUUCUAUUGCAAGUGGAGGUAGCAGCAGUGCCAGUGUACCGAGCACUGGUAAUUACAGCUCCUUCUCAAGUGCAUCGAUGCCUCCUAUUCCUGUCGCAUCCGUCACUCCCACAACUUCAUUAUCAGGAGCUGGUACAUAUACUACCUCUUCUUUGAGUACUAAAUCUACAACCACCUCAGAUCCUCCCAACAUCUGCAAAGUGAAGCCUCAACAGCUACAGACCAGCAGCCUGCCUUCUGCUAGUCAUUUCUCUCAGCUGAGCUGCAUGCCUUCCCUUAUUGCCCAGCAGCAGCAGAGCCCCCAAGUCUAUGUGUCACAAUCUGCAGCAGCACAGAUCCCAGCUUUUUAUAUGGAUACAAGUCACUUAUUCAACACCCAGCAUGCACGCUUGGCUCCAGCAUCCUUGGCUCAGCAACAAGGAUUUCAACCAGGACUUUCUCAGCCCACUUCAGUUCAACAGAUUCCAAUUCCUAUCUAUGCACCUCUGCAAGGACAACAUCAAGCCCAGUUGAGUUUGGGGGCAGGACCUGCUGUUUCACAAGCUCAGGAAUUAUUUAAUUCUCCCCUGCAGCCAUAUAGGUCCCAGCAAGCCUUUAUGCAGAGCAGUCUGUCCCAACCAUCACCAGUCGUUCUUUCUGGCACAACCUUACACAAUUUUCCAGCAGUACAACACCAGGAACUUGCCAAGGCGCAAUCAGGCAUUGCCUUUCAACAAACUUCUAAUGCUCAACCUAUUCCUAUAUUGUAUGAGCAUCAGCUAGGCCAAGCUUCAGGGUUAGGAGGUUCCCAGUUGAUUGACACACAUCUGCUUCAGGCAAGAGCAAGUCUCACCCAGGCUUCUAAUCUUUAUUCUGGACAAGUACAACAGCCUGGUCAGAGCAGUUUCUAUAAUACUGCUCAGUCACCCAGUGCUCUCCAGCAGGUAAACUAUGGCAUGGUAACUGUACCUCUGCCAGCUUCACAGCUUUCUUUGCCUAACUUUGGAUCUACUGGACAACCUCUAAUUGCAUUACCACAGACAUUGCAGCCCCCAUUACAGCACACCCCACCACAGGCUCAGGCCCAAGGCCUGAGUAGACCCACACAAGUAAACCAGCCUUUCAGAGGAUUAAUUCCUGCGGGAACUCAGCAUAGCAUGAUUGCAGCUACUGGAAAGAUGUCAGAAAUGGAUCUGAAAGCUUUUGGAAGUGGCAUUGAUGUAAAGCCAGGUACUCCUCCAAUUGGAGGUAGAAGCACCACACCAACAUCCAGUCCUUUCCGGGCCAGUUCCACAAGUCCCAACAGCCAGUCCAGCAAAAUGAACAGCAUUGUCUACCAGAAGCAGUUCCAGUCUGCAGCUGCAACUGUGAGAAUGACACAACCAUUCCCUGCACAGUUUGCACCCCAGAUCCUCUCUCAGCCUAACCUGGUCCCUCCAUUGGUAAGAGCCCCACAUACUAACACCUUCCCAGCGCCUGUUCAGAGGCCACCAAUGGCACUGGCCAGUCAGAUGCCUCCUCCGAUGACCACAGGCCUCAUGAGCCACCCUCGUUUGCCACAUGUGGCCAGGGGUCCUUGUGGAUCACUAUCUGGAGUCAGAGGUAAUCAGGCCCAGGCUGCGUUGAAGGCUGAACAAGACAUGAAGGCAAAGCAGAGAGCAGAGGUUCUUCAGUCCACGCAACGGUUCUUCUCCGAACAACAGCAGAGCAAACAGAUAGGAGGCAAGGCACAGAAAGUGGACAGUGAUUCAAACAAAACUCCUGAAACUCUGACUGACCCCUCUGGAGUUUGUCAGGACAGAGUAGAGGACAAGCCUCCCCCUACACCCACCACAGCAGCCAAACCUGUUAGAACCGGACCAAUCAAACCCCAGGCGAUCAAAACAGAAGAAACCAAAUCCUAAAGGCUGUGGUUUAUAGUUGGGGGUGGGAAGGGGGUGGGUUUGGGGGGACUGAGGGGAUUGGAGAACCAGUUCAGCCAAUGCCGGCAGGAUUCCAUAGCAGCUGGGGGAAGGGAGGGUGAAGUGGUCGUUGUGUCAUUGUCCUGUCGGGCUCAGGAGGACACACAGGGACAUAUGCUAUUGACAGUGUCGCACAGACAGCUGCAGUACCAGGGAAAGCUUGAAGCUCUGUAGACCAGCAGCUGCUCUUUAUAACCCAGCCAGAAGUCAGUCUGCACUGAUGGCGGUGCAUUUUUAUAGUCAGGGUGGAGAUGCCCAUGUAUGAGCAAACACAGACCUACACCUAAUGCAGAAUCUUGACGGUUACCUGCCAUAGCAGAAGCAUGAAGACAAGAUAGCACAGCAGAAUCAGAAUGUAGCUUGAGCAGCAUGUUCCCAGCUACUGAGCAGAGAUGGUUUCUUAUUGCUCCUUUAUGUUCCUUGGCUGCUGUUUCCGUUUUUAUAGGCUCCGUGCAUAAGAGCUGCAGAUGGAUGGUGCUGGACAGAGUAGCCUUAUUUUUUAUUAUGACAGCUUGCUGUUGUUUUAUAACAUGGAAGCUGAGUUAAAUGAACACAAUCAAAGGACAGUAACUGAUCAUCUCCCCUCCCUUGACCUGUAAACAGAUGGAUGGAUAGUCAUGUCAGCAUCCUUUGAAUUUUUUUUUUUAUCCAAAUGGCCAGUGUUUGGCUACUGCUUCUGUUUGAAAUGAUGCUGUAUUUAAAUUGUGGCCUAAAGCGUGAAGUGCUACUUGGCAUCCUCUUCCUUCCUGAAAGCAUCCACUCCCUUGACAUGGCAGACUUGUUGCAUUAAUAAGUCAAACAAGUCCUUCUUGCCUCUGCUCAGCCAUCUUUGUAUGAAGCCAGUGGUUUUCUAAACGGUUUUCAGCUGAUAUUCAUGUAGAGCAACAAGCACUUAGACCUGUGGGGCUAGUCAAUGGAAAUCCUAUCUAAGGAGGUACAUUUCUGUAUCAGAGCUGUGUCACACUACCCUUCCUGCCUAUUCUGUGCUGGAAAAUUAGAAUCAAGUCAAAUAAUGCCUUUUUAAUUGUAUCCUCUAGUAUUAUAGCUGUAGGACAGUACUGUAUUAUACUUCUGUGAAUGUAAAAUAUCCUGUACCUGCUUAUGAUACGUAGUAGUGACCGUGCUAUACCAGAGCUGUUUUUAAUGACGUUAUUCUAGAUAGACUUUUGUUUUUCCAGAUGAUGAUUGAGAAGCUAAUAAAAGGCGCCAGGUACCACAUCAGUAACAGAAUGCUGUUUUUCUGGGAUUUUUAAAAAAAAAAAAACCAACAAAACUUCUUUGUCCGGGGAGGGGGAUGUUUUCAGGGGUUUUUGUUUUGUUUUUGUUUUGGAAACAGUGAGCUGAAAGUCUAAUGUGUAUAAUUUUGUUCAGUGACUGCAGAACCUGGAAAGGCUGUUGCUGCUAUUGAUGCCUAGCAAAUUGCUAUUGGUUAUCUUUUUAUAUAAAUAUAUAUAUAUAUAAUUUGAAUUUUUGGAAACUUUAGCUGUGAUGUCAACUUUGGAAAAAGUAUCCCACUUGUACUGUGUUGAGUUGGCAUUGUACAGAAAUUAACAGCCAUAUUGGUCUAGAAACGUUAAACUUAAUUUUUUUUCCAUUUGUACAGGGGUAACACACUGUAUUAAAUAUGUAAGGUCUUAUUUACAUGGGUUUGAUUACAGAAACUAAUAAAAUAUUCUCUAAAUAAUG